AUGGAGCAACUCAAUAAUAACUUACUAGACCCUCAAGAACUGGCCAAGGCAUCCAAAGAGGUAUCAUCGCUAUCAAACAGCCGUCAGCUUUUCUUAGAUUGGCAGCAGUCCAGCCAGGAUCUUGCUCAACUGGGCGAGUUAUUAUCUAAUACAGACGACGAAGACAUGCUCGAGUUGGCCAAAGAAGAGUUUUCAGAGCUAAUGGAAAAGAGAGUAAUGAUUGAAAAAGACUUGGUUACUGAACUGGCACCCAAAGACUCAGCGGACGAAGCAAGUGCAAUUUUGGAAAUUAGAGCUGGUGCAGGUGGAGAUGAAGCUGCUCUAUUCUCGGCAGAGAUGACCCGAAUGUAUGAGCGCUUCUCUCAAUUGAGACGGUGGAAGUGGGAAGUACUUUCGUUGUCUGAAGAUACCAGUAGCAAAGGGCUAAAGGAUGUUACUGUUAAUAUUACGGGAAAGAAUGUGUUUGGUUUACUCAAAUAUGAAUCUGGUGUCCAUCGUGUUCAGCGAGUGCCUGCCACUGAGGCUCAAGGGCGUAUCCAUACAUCGACUAUUACAGUGGCCAUUUUACCCCAACCGACAGAGGUAAGUUUUGUGGAUGUUCAAAUCCGUGAAAGUGAUCUACGCAUUGAUGUUUAUCGUGCGUCCGGUGCAGGCGGUCAACACGUAAACACAACUGACAGCGCUGUUCGAAUGACACAUAUUCCUACUGGCCUUGUAGUAUCUAUGCAAGACGAAAGAUCUCAACACAAAGCAAGUAAAAGUAAUAAAGCAAAGGCUCUCAAAGUGUUGCGCGCAAAGAUUUUUGAAAAAGCGCGCGAAGAGACUGACAAUCUUAGACGAGACUCACGUAACAAGCAAAUCGGUACAGGUGAUCGAUCAGAGAAAAUCCGCACUUACAACUUCCCUCAGAACCGAGUUACUGAUCAUCGCAUCAACUUGACACUCCAUGAACUAGAGCCUGUAAUGACUGGCGAAGCCUUGAUGAAUGUUAUUGAACCUCUUCAAGAACAUUACUUGGCUGAAUCUCUCUUGAAUUAA